AUGGGCAAAGCUGUUGUUACAAUAACAGGCGUGCAGACAAGAAAGGCAACUAAUUUAGGAGGAAGUUUGGUGCUGGAUUGUGAGAUGACAAUCGACAAUAAUAAAGAAGGCAAUAGAGUUAUUGAGUGGAAAAAAGACGGACUUUCUCAGGAAGUUUACCUUCAGUAUAUAGGUUAUCAAGCAAUCGUGAACCCACAGUUUCAAGGGCGGAUUAAACUUGUGAAUGGGAUCUCAUUGGAGAUCUCCCACAUUCGUGCCGAAGACGAGGGUUGGUACGAAUGUCAGUAUAUCGUUGUUGACGGUGUAAAAGAUAAGGCAGGGAACGGUACUUGGGUAUAUCUGGAUGUCAACACUCCCCCUAAGAUCACAAACAGCUCUCCUAGUACACUCCGUCACCAACAGGGGGCAACAGUCACACUGUUUUGUCAGGCAGAGGGGUCUCCAGAACCACAUGUAGAAUGGACCAAAGAUGGAGAGAUUCUCACUAACUCACUUCGCAUUUCCCUAAGUCCGGACCGCACUCAGCUGACGAUUCGUAGCUUAGAACGUUCUGAUGGCGGUCCAUACAGUUGUACAUUCCGUAAUUCUCUCGGACAGGUAGCACAGCGGAUAGAUCUCAUCGUAGAAGGAGCUGCCUAUAUUCUGACAGCACCAGUCAACACCACUGCCAUCGCCGGUCAGCGAAUUGUAUUCACCUGUGGAGCUGAUGCUUUCCCUACAAACAUCACAUAUCAUUGGUUCUUCAAAAAUCAGGAUGUUGUCACAACGCGGGCCUACCUCAAGGGGAGGAUACAGAUCAAGAGCUCUGGCGACCUUGUCAUUUCUCCAGUGGAGAAGGACGACAUGGGCUGGUAUAUCUGUCGGCCAACAAACGGCGUUGGAAGGGAUCCUGAGGCACCAGCCUACCUCAAUGUAACAUACCUGCCCAAGGUCCUCUCUAUGCCAAGUGUGGUCACGUGGGCACUCGGACUCCAAGCACAAUUGGACUGUCCUGUGGAAGCUAACCCGGCUGUCAGCGAGUAUAUCUGGACUAAAAAUAAUUUUAUGGUUGCUGUACACCCAGAUCGGAUCACCCUAUUAGCCAAUGGCACAUUACUUAUAUACAAUGUUCGGAAGUCAGACGAAGGAAGCUAUAGCUGUCAGCCCGUCAGUCCUCUCGGCAGUGGAGAAACGUCUAAGCUUGUCCAAGUGUCAGUUCGAGACCCACCUCAAUUUGUUCUUCGGCCAUUGGAACGUUACAUUCAGAUUCCGGGGGACAAUAUCAUGUUUCCCUGUGCAGCCACAGGCUCUCCAACUCCAAACAUUCACUGGCGCAAAGUUGGAGAGCAGCUCAACUUUGGGGCUCGAAUCCAACAAAUAGGAGGCAACCUUACAAUCAAAGACCUUGUGAAGGAGGACCACGGUGGAUACGAAUGCGAGGCAGAAAAUUCGGUAGCAAGAAUGGUCGUCUCAACCAAAUUAAUUAUACAAAUGACAACACCACAUGCGCCUUACAAUGUUACUGUUUCAACCAAGUGGUUUGAGGCCACAGUGAGAUGGAUUCCUGCAUACAAUGGAGGCAGUCCACAGUACUACUUUAUAUGGUACAGAACGGUCAACAGCAUGACAGGUCAGACGUCCCAGUGGCAAAUGAUGCGUGUGGAACCAGAAAAUGCCACUAGUUUUACGAUAUACAUGCUUCAGCCCGAUUCCCUCUACCAGAUAAAAGUCCUCGCACGUAACCAGUAUGGUGACGGAACGUACAGUGAGACAGUACAGGCACGAACGCUUGGUAAUACAGGUACCCUGCCUACAGCCUUACCUACAGACCCAACCAACGGCCAAGUUUAUCAUCCUCCGUUAGACAAACCUUUAGGUCCAAGACCAUUUCCACCCAAAAAUGUCACAGCCAGAAAUGAAAAUGGUGGGAUUCGAAUUUCGUGGGAGCCAGCAAACGCUGCCAACACCACCAUAUUUUAUUACGUCAUCGAGAUGACCACAACCAAUCGCUGGGUGAAAUUUAAUGACCACGUCAAAUUCCCGCUGUCGUCUUAUUUCUACGAAAAGGUUGAUCCUUCCACAACAUAUCGGUUUCGAGUUUAUGCCUACAGUGUGUUGUCAUACAGUUACCCAAGUGCCGUCGCCAUAGUAACAACACCUGCUGCAGAACCAUCAGGCAUAUUCCUGUCCCAGGCAGAAAUAGGAGGAAUAGUGGGCGGAUUGCUGUUUCUUCUCGUUGCUGUUCUACUCGUAAUCAUUGCCGUAAUCUGUAGUAAACGCAAAGAAAGACAUAGGGGAGAUAAAUAUGGAAAUGUCAAAUAUAUUGGUCCAGCCGAUGAGAUGGAUUCACACAUGCCUAUAAAUAGAACUCAAAAUGCGCCAGAAUGGGAUAGCUGGGACGCGAUUGGAGGAACAGGCUCUUUGAAUAGUAUUGAUUGUGGAAACGGGAUAUUUGUGGUACCACAUUCCAACGAAUUCUACAGGGAGGACACUUUACCAGUGAGCUCAUAUUUUCAGGACAGCAAGCUGUUUGAUCCUGAUAAGUGUUUGUUUGAUCCCAAUAGGAGUGGUCGGAGUGUAUCUCGCAGUUCUAAUGGGAGGCGCUCCCAAACUGGGAGAGGUCGAUUUUCUAAACCUGACACAAGUGGCAGACAUAUAAGUGGCAGAGACAGUGUGUCAGGGAGUGUCAGUGGCGGCGGGGACAGAGGGGAAAUGGGUAGACGCAGGACGUCUGCUGUAAGGGAGGUCACUCCCAUAGACAAACAGAGCCUACCACUCUCUGUCACUCGCCUGCAGGACAGGUCCUACCCCAUGCUCCGUUCGCCUGUGUCAGACAAAAACUAUGACAGUGAUGCUGAUGAUGAAUCAGAUGACGAGAACGGGUUUGCCCCUAAGAGGCCGCCCCUUCCUCGGGGGUACAGGGUGCCCUACAAGCCAGAGGUGUACAUGGGGCCACACCACCACUGGGGCAGCGGUGACCCCUAUAGUUACCCUGGUGACACAGAUGAUGUGUUCAGCCCACCAGCGGGCAAUAGAUCCAUAAAGGAUCGACCAACAUUCCCAAGGCAUAGUUCCAUGAAACCUGCGUCAUAUCAAACAUAUUUGACUGGUGAUCCAGUCGAUGAAAGCUUUGGUCAUCAAUUUGGUGUGGAAGAUUUGAGUUCAGUUCAUCAAUCAUUUGUAGAUAGGUCAUUAGAUAAAUCAUCAGAAAGGUCACAUGACACACUGCCGAGGCUACAUCCUCUGUCCAGGCCUGAUUUUAGUGGGCCACAAACAUUCGAUUUUUCUAGUUCAAAGUCGUCGGACAAUACCUUUCUUGGCGAUGGGUCACAAUCCACAUCUAGAGUUCAUUUUGACAAUUCUGGUUUUACAGUAAUUGAAAGGACACUAGAUAGGAGUUCUGGACGAGGCCGCCAGGUUGCUAGGGUUCCUCCCAACCAAAAAGAUGAUAAAGUAGGAAAAUCAGGCUACACACGGGAGCAUCUCCAGGGGGCAGUUGACCGUGUGCGUCGUGGACCACGUGCUCUACGGGCACGUUCAGCCAGCAGGAGUUCUGCUCAGGAACUUGAUCAUAGUUUUGAUGACAGACUGCCACCGGUGGUGCCAGGAAGAAUAACAUAUUUGUCUGAUAGUGUACUUCCCCAUCGAACAGGAACAUCACAAUAUUGUGAACAAGAUCCUCCUCCACCUCCACGCAGAGGUCGACUGUCUCAUUCUGAUAACGAAUUUCCGUCCAGGACAGAUACAGACCGCCAGGGUUGGCCGUAUGGGUACAAUUUUGACUUCAUUGACUCAUUUAAGUCAGAUAAGGGGACUGGUAAUAGAUACAGUAUUAGCAGCUCAGGGCGAGGAAGUUCCAGCAGUCGUAUGCGACAUUCUUCAGAUACACGGGGCUUGGCUGGGGAUGACACUACGCCAGAUUCUGGCAGUAGUGGUAUUGGCAGCAAGAAUACUGGAUCAUCAGGCCUGUGGCGGCAGCAAAGGAAUAAUAGUGCAUCAGUGACGUCACUUGUUAGUCCACACGAUGAGAGUCAUGACUCAGCUCAUUUUAUUCCAGACUACAGUCUUCGUCGUGAGGCAUCGGGUGAUGAGAAUUACGAGUUUGAUGUGACGGACACACUGAAUAGAUACUCCAGUACACACCCUAUUGGAGAUGAACUGUUGAGUGCACUUGAGAAUGGACUCAGUACGUCCAACUUUUACGAUGAUCUCUACCCGAAACCCACGCGACAAAGUCGCUACGACAACUCCGAAGAACGAUUCCAGAAACUUCGUAAGGAAUUCCAUCAGUAUCAAAGACAGAUCCACAAUCAGAGUUACGUGGACUAUUACCCUGCUAUGGACAGCGAGAUGUUGUGAUGUAAUGACGGGUAUGUGUGUACACUUGUGUAUGUGAUCGGGCUGACAUGGACGAUGUGCCAUUAUAACUGUUGUACUAGGUAUUAUACUGUUGGAAAAUACUUUGUGUGCUUGUGAAUCUGACAAUAUUUUGAGUAUGUGUGUGUCCGUGCUCAAUGUUUAAUUGUGCUUUAAGGGUGUGUAGUGUAGUAUAGAUAUCGAUUGAGGACACUGGUAUGUGUCUGCACUAUACAUUUUCCAUGUUUUGAUUCACAUUUGACAUUUUACAUGUGGUCAUUGUUUAAGGUUGCCAUGACUACUGGUACAAUAUCAUCUCCCUUUUCAUUUUGAUAAUAUUUGAUUAUAAGAAACCUUCAUAGAUUGGGGAUUUUGUUGUUUGUUUGGUUGAAAACCUGAAAUAUGGUCACCUAUGCUGGAUGUGGUUUAUAUAGUGCAUCUGUGUCACAAGGUGUACCUGUGUCACGAGGUGUACCAGUGUCACGAGGUUUACCUGUGUCACCGAGGUGUACCUGUGUCAUGAGGUGUACCAGUGUCACAAGGUGUACCAGUGUCACGAGGUUUACCUGUGUCACCGAGGUGUACCUGUGUCACCGAGGUGUACCUGUGUCACAAGGUGUACCUCAACAUGUGACCAAUUGUACAUCAACAUGUGACCAGUUGUACCUCUUGUAUGUCUACACUUGACCAGUUGUACAAGAGACCUAUUGUUUUCUAUCUACAUAUAUCACCAGUUGUACAUUUUGUACUGCUAUGCCCGACAAUAUGUACACCAACACAUGACCCAUUGUGUACCACUACAUGUGACCAGUUGUACCUGAUGUGUACCACUACAUGUGACAAGUACCUGAUGUGUACCACUACAUGUGACCAGUUGUGUACCUGAUGUGUACCACUACAUGUGACAAGUACCUAAUGUGUACCACUACAUGUGACCAGUUGUGUACCUGAUGUGUACCACUACAUGUGACAAGUACCUAAUGUGUACCACUACAUGUGACCAGUUGUACCUAAUGUGUACCACAUGUGACCAGUUGUGUACCUGAUGUGUACCACUACAUGUGACCAGUUGUACCUGAUGUGUACCACUACAUGUGACCAGUUGUGUACCUGAUGUGUACCACUACAUGUGACCAGUUGUGUACCUGAUGUGUACCACUACAUGUGACCAGUUGUACCUGAUGUGUACCACUACAUGUGACCAGUUGUGUACCUGAUGUGUACCACUACAUGUGACCAGUUGUGUACCUGAUGUGUACCACUACAUGUGACCGGUUGUGUACCUGAUGUGUACCACUACAUGUGACCACUUGUACCUGAUGUGUACCACUACAUGUGACCAGUUGUGUACCUGAUGUGUACCACUACAUGUGACCAGUUGUGUACCUGAUGUGUACCACUACAUGUGACCAGUUGUACCUGAUGUGUACCACUACAUGUGACUAGUUGUACUUCUAGACAUAAUCAAGUGCACCCCUACAUGUGACCAGUGAUUACACAUGAUCAGCCUGAUCAGAAACACAAACCAUUCCUGUAUGUAACAUGUGGAUGACGUGUUGUCUGUAUAUACUGAUCUACUAAUGCUGGUACAGUAACUGGCCGUAAUAUGAUCAUUUUAUCCGAUAUCAAUCAUUGCCACUCGUGUUUGAGUGGAUGUUCACACUGUUACAUUUGUAUACAGAUUCUACCUAAGACUGAUUGAUGUUUCUAUGCUUUUUUUAAUGACAGGCACCAAUUCAAAGGGGCACAUUAUUUUUACAUUACCUUGUCUGACUAGUACCUGGUAUUUAAAUCAUUUUUCUACAAAUUCCGGUUCUCUGGGAUAAAAUGCAUUUUGAUAUGAAUUUAUCAGCGUAGAAUUUAUACUACUAUCUAAUCUUCUCUGAUGUUAAACAUAACAUACCAAAUCUUAUUUCUACUUUCAAAUUAUUCAUGUUUUCAUGUUGAAAACUUUUCAAGUUGUCUCCCUUUACCAAUAUGUCCUCCCUUGGAUUGGUGCCCGAUCAUGAUACCGAUAUUGUUAACUUGUAUCACACAAAAUUAAUAUUAUACAUAUCAGUUCAACAUAUGUUUUGUUUCAGACCCACGUGUUCAGUGGUUCAAUGAUGUGAAUGUAAUGUCGCGCUGGCUCACCUGUUGUGGUGAACCUAUAGCCAAUGCUGUGUUAUAUGGCUUUAUCUAAUUGACCUGGUUGUGUUAAAAUAUAUAAUCGUGAGGUGAGAACCUUCCUGAUGAAUACUGAAGAGCUAUGAUUCCUAAAUCUUCGCUCAGUAGUAUGUCAUUCCAUUCUGUUUAUUUAUCAUGUUUCCUGUCCUUUUCGAAUUCAACUCUGUCGAUUCCUUCAUAUUAUGACAAUAUAUCAUCAAUUGCUUUUAGAUUCUCGACGCAGAAGAGGUAUGCGUGGAUAUUGUUGACUUGUGUGUUAUGUUGGUUAAGAAUUUCUAAAGUGUUAUGUUUGAAAAAAAUAUACCAUAUAUGCUUAAGUGUUAUUGCGUCAGGGCUUUGUGUGUAAAUGAGUGUAAAAGUUUUUCAGUGAGAAGAUCAGGUGUCACACAUCAACAAAAUGCUGUACAUGUGUCACAAACUGAUGACAGUUGCUGUAGAUGAACAUGUGUCACACUAAACACAUACAUCUCUUACAAGGACAGUGGUGUAGCUAUACAUGUGUGUUACACACUGUCGCUGUAGAUGUACAUCUGUCACACCAACAACAGUCACUUUAGAUGUACAUCUGUUCCAACGACGACCGUCGCUUUAGAUGUACAUCUGUUCCAACGACGACCGUCGCUUUAGAUGUACAUCUGUUCCAACAAUGACCGUCGCUUUGGAUGUACAUCUGUCGCACCAACAACGGUCACUUUAGAUGUACAUCUGUUCCAACGACGACCGUCACUGUAAAUGUACAUCUGUCUCUGUCAGCUGCCAAGUAGAUGUACUUGAAAAGUCGAUGUAUGUAGAUGUAUAUGGGUCGUGAAUAAAACUGUAUGAUAUUCUUUGCAAAUAGAAGUGUGUAGGUCACCAUGGAGACAAAUUGUUGUGUUUAUGUAUCAAUAUGGCAGCUACUAUAUUUAGUUUUGUUUGUUUUAAUGUUAUUUUCCUUUAGUUGAUUAUACACCUCCUAACGGCUUUCUUUCCAUUAAAGUGUCAACGUAACACAACAAGCUUUUCAUUUACUCUUCACCCAUUUACCAUCCAGGAUAUCAGAUCUUAUUUCAAUGCUAGACUUGUUUUAACAAAGGCACUUUCUCCAUUUUAGUUUUUAAUUUUACAAUAUAUUAAUGUAUUUAUCAUCAGUUCUGUGUAAGAGCUUUUUACUUUUACAUGCAGAAAUGGCAAUCUUAUUUUAAUAGCAUAUAUUUU